AGUUAGCUUCGGUAUGUGAGCUCGGCGCUCAGGAUAUGAUUCACGUGAGUCCUUCUCGUGAGGGAAGGAAUUGCGUAAAGCCGACAACCUGCCGGCCUGUCUAUAUGUGUGAUAUCGCCUGUCUAUAUGUGUGAUAUCGCCAUUACGCCAAGGCUGUGAGGGGCGACACAAAGAUAGUCGUGAGGACUGGAGAAGCCGCUUGUUGUAACAGUUUCCGCCAAUGAACACAACACGGCGCUACGAGACAUAUGGCUUCCAGGUGGACGGAGAUGUCAACGUGGUGCAGGACGUCCCUUCUACCGACGAGGAGAGGAACCAAGCCCUCUGGCCGGCGUUGUUGUACGUCGGACUGAUCAUUGUGACGGGGACGGUUGGGAACAUCGUUGUCUGCUACGUCUACGGCUACAGGCUGCGUCUGACCGUCACUAAACAGUUUAUAUUGGUCCUCGCCGUCCUUGACCUUGCAAACUGCUUAAUCUGUGCACCAACAGAGAUGGUGGUCAUGUUCAAGAUCGUGUCGUUUAAUGCGCCAAUUUGGUGCAAGAUGUCGCGCUUUAUAACCUACACACUGAAUGGUUCGACGUCACUGAUAUUAUUAGCUAUCGCUGUGGACAGAUACUGUAAGGUGUGCAGACCUCUGAAAGUCUGUUUCACCAGAGUAUGGGCGAGGAGAAUGUGCAUGAUGGCCGUUAUUCUAUCACUGAUCAUGUCAUGGCCGUCUUUGAUUCUAUACGGAAAUAAAACUAUCCGUGUUGGCGACACACACAAUGGUACCACCUGCCUGAUACAAGACGAAUUCGAAAACACCUGGUACCCGCUCAUAUUCUAUUCAAUAUUUUUUGUGAGCUUUCUGGCUAUUGCAAUAGCAAUUAUCUCCCUUUAUGCGAAAAUCGCAAGGCAGAUCAGGUUACUAAGGCAACGACAGGACGAACGCAUCCGAAGCAGCCCUGUUCAUAGACGGAUAUCGGGGUAUGUGGACAGCCCUGAAUAUAGUGAAGACAAUGUGCUAGAUAACACCCUUGCAGUUACCGCAGGUGACAAUCAGUUAAAGCCCCCCUCCCCCCGAGCUAACCAACACGCAGUGAAGCUGGCCCAAGCCUUACUGAAAGACCUCCACAAGAGGAAGACUGCCUACAAGCCGGCCAAGUCCACGCUCAUGCUCUUCAUCAUCACAAUCAUCUUUAUGCUGAGUUUUUUGCCUUUCUUCAUCACUGCUUUGAUUCGGGGAGCUGUGCGGGAAAUGUUUCUGGCGAAUUUGACUGACACCUCGGAGAUUAUAGUGUUCAACAUAUUCGUGCGCUCCUACCUGCUGAGUAACGCCGCCAACCCUGUCAUCUACAGCUUCUGUAACGCCAGGUUCCGGCGCGAGUGCCGGCCCAUAUUCUGCCCGUGUUGGAAGAAGCCAGAAAGCAAUGUUGAAAUUAAGGUGGAGCAUACGGACAAUACGCAGUCUAUUCUGUGACAGACUUGCGAUUACAAGCCAUUAAUACUCAGUGUUCAGGAGAUUAUCGCAAGAUAUCCAUUGAUUUUCAGGCUUAUCACAAUGUUAAACAAGAAAAAAAUAACUGUUUCCUCGCUCCGAGGUAGCAAACCACUAUGCAGCAUUGACCUCAUAGACUCCAUAGCAGCAUAGACCUAACUGUUACUCCACUCCGAGGUAGCCAAUCACCACUAAGCAUAGACCCCCCAAACUGUUACCCAACUCCGAGGUAGCCAAUCACCACUAAGCAAAGAUUCACUAACUGUUACCCCACUCCGAGGUAGCCAAUAACCACUGAGCAUAGACCCCCCUAACUGUUACCCCACUUCGAGGUAGCCAAUCACCACUAAGCAUAGAUUCCCUAACUGUUAUCCCACUUCGAGAUAGCUAAUCACCACUAAGCAUAUACCCCCCCUAACUGUUACCCCACUUCGAGGUAGCUAAUCACCACUAAGCAUAGAUUCCCUACUGUUACCCCACUCCGAGGUAGCCAAUGACCACUAAGCAUAGAUUCCCUAACUGUAACCCCACUCCGAGGUAGCCAAUCACCACUAAG